AUGCCUGUCCGAUCUCAAUCGCGCAUUACAACCGCGUGCAACUCUUGUCGCCUGCGCAAACAAAAGUGUAGUGGAAACAGGCCAAAGUGCAUACAAUGUCAUGACCACGGGAGAAACUGCGACUGGCCCGAGCAGCUGAAGCGAGGACCCGCAAAAGGCUACAUCGAGGCCCUCGAGCGCCGCCUCCAUGAAACAGAGAAUGUCCUCUUAGGGCUUUUGGAGCAGGUUUCCGACUCCCAGCUUGCAGGCAUCCCACAUCCCACGGCGCAGCUCCGGUCGGGGAAACGGGGCAAUGAGUACUGGGGCUUAUUCCCGCUACGAUCUGUGCAGGAGAUCCGGUCGUGGCAGGAGGACUGCCAGCGAUCAGCUCCAGAGCAUGCUUCUAAUUCUACUUCCACGGGUAAUCUUGACCAGCCGACAUGCACCUGUGAUGCAGGAACAGUCGCAGAGGCUGCAGGUGCAGGAGAGCCCGGAACCGCAACCGAGCGUGAGUGCGUGGAGUGGAGCUCCCUCGGCGAACUUCCAGCAGCGGUUUCUGUGGUAAUUCUUAUUCGCCAUCUCCCCUCGACGUCAAGAAUCGGGCUGUUUAAGGGGUACUCCCGGGUUCUGGGGAUCCCCCAGCCUCCGCAGCCCCGCAAGCCGACCAGGUUAGCCAACUCAGCCGAUGGCUUAAGGGACGGAUUGCCCCACGGCGCAGCUAUUCAUAUGCAGCGCCGAUGUGACAGGAGUCAACUAUCAAACAAAGUAAUGGCUUUCAAAAAGAUCAUCAUCGUCGGCGCAGGCCCGUCCGGUCUCAUUCUCGGCCUCCUCCUCGCCAAACAAGGCGUGGAAGUCGAUCUCCUCGACGCCGACACAAAGGUCAACGACCAACCGCGCGCAGCACACUAUGCCUCCCCGGCUGCCUACGAGCUCGACCGCGCAGGUGUUCUGGACGAUGUGAAAGCCCGCGGCUUCACCUUCAAAAACAUGGCCUGGCGCAAGCCCGACACCACGUUCGUGGCGGGGACCACCACCGAGCAUCUUCCUGCAGACUACCCGCACCGCAUGGUGGUGCUGCCGCUCGACCUCCUUGGCCAGCUGCUUGUCGAGCACAUCGAGCGCCAACCCACGGCACAUCUCAAAUGGUCUCAUCGCGUCCUGAAAGUCGGACAGGAUGCAGACCAGGCCUGGGUAGACGUUGAGACUCCAGCAGGCCAGCAGCGCAUGCAGGCAGACUAUAUCAUCGGCUGCGACGGCGCAAGCAGUACCGUUCGCCGCGAGCUCUUCGGGUCCGAAUACCCAGGUGAAACUCUCAACGCGCAAAUCAUCGCCACAAAUGUCUACUACGACUUCUCAAAGACCCUCCCCUCAGACUCAAACUUCAUCAUCCACCCGGACAAUCUCUACAUGGCGGCCCGAAUCACAAAUGACGGGCUGUACCGGGUCACAUACAAGGAAAUCCCCAACCUCAGCCGCGAGGAAUACAUCGCCCGCCAACCAAAGCGCUACGAAGACAUUCUCCCGGGACACCCGAAGCCGGGAGAGUACAAACUCACCAAUAUCUCCCCGUAUAAACUACAGCAGCGCUGUGCACCCUCGUUCCGUGUUGGGAGGGUCGUCCUCGCGGCUGAUGCGGCGCAUCUGUGUAACCCUUUCGGCGGUCUCGGCCUAACAGGUGGAAUCGCGGACGUGGGCAGUCUCUACGACGCGCUAAUCGGGAUCCACAAAGGACUGACGGACUCCAGCAUCCUUGACAAGUAUGCGGAGAUCCGCAGACAGAUCUGGGUGGAGAUUAUUGACCCGAUGUCGCGGGAGAAUUUUGCGCGCUUGCAUCAGGACGCGGACACGGCGCACGAGAAUGAUCCGUUCUUCAAGGUCUGUAUACAGGCGGAAACGGAUAAGGAUCUGAGUAGGGAGAUUGCGUUGGGGUAUGAUAAAUUGAGGGUUGAUAUGACGCAGUUUUAUACUAAGAAUUAGUUGUUUAGAUACUUUAGUAUAUAGUCUAUUCAUCCAGUACAUCUAUCAAG